AUGUUUCCUGAAGGCAGAGUACCAAAGGAGAUUGUGGCUCAUUUUGUGCAGCGUCUGCUGGGAUGUGUGAACUGGCUUUUCUGCGACUGUGAUAUUAUACAUACUGAAAUCACUGCUCAAAAUGUUUUGAUGGAGACGACGGACGAUGCUCCCUUUCGCCGGAUCGAAGACGCCGAGGCCGCCGAGCCCACUAUUCCUGUCGAAGUUAACGGCUAUCCAGUAUAUGCUUCUCGAGGAAGGGAUACUCCUUUGCUCGAACUGACGCUUGAUCCUAUCCUGACCGGUUUUGGCUCAUCUCGGUCAACCACGACCACCAACGACGACUGGUGGAUGCCCGACACACACCGUGCACCGGAGAUUCUGAUGGGACUACCCUGGGACGCUCAGGUUGACGUCUGGUCCAUCGGAGUGAUGGCGCUCGAGCUCCUUGAAGGUAGAAACUUCUUCACGCCCGUCGACACAGUCCACAAUCAAUACGUACUUCCCCUUGCUCUUAGCCAAUAUAUCAGCUACAUGGGACUUCCACCCAGAUGGAUGAUCGAGCAGAGCAUGAACCCCGUCAUCAAGUCGUUCGUCGACGAUAGGGGACAUUGGGUUGCGGAACCUCCAAUCCCACAAGCAUCACUGGAAGACUUCGUCACCGCUAUACCGCCAGGUGAAGAGAAGAACAGGUUCUUGAGAUUCAUGCGGAAGAUCCUCGUUUGGGACCCAGCUCAGAGAGUUCAAUCUGCUGAGCUGUUUUCGGACGAUUGGCUGAUGCCGGAAUAG